GUCCGCCGCGCGCGCAUGCCUGACACGACGUCGCCGAAGGAGCCAGAAUUCGCGCGCAGCCUUCACUUCGAAACGACUAAUGGGAAACUUUUACUUUCGCACGAAACUCUAAAAACUUCGCAGGACAUUUGGAUGUGUGUGUACGUGCCUGUGUUUGUAGUUUGUACGAUGCUAUAGUGACAGUUAUUAAAAAGUAUUUUAUUAUGUUCGAAGGUGACAAUUAUUUGAAUAUGUAUCUGUGUUUAUGCCUUGUUAUUUGGAGCGCUGCCUUCGUGCCGACUCAAGCCCAAGGCGAGAGACGUUGCGGCCACCCGGCUGUACCACCAAACGCGAGGGUAUCUCUGUCCAACGAUGGGGAAAUAGUACCCGGAACUAUAGCUACAUACGAAUGCGAUGAUGGCUAUGAACUUUUCGGGUCACGCCAGAGGGAAUGCUCCUCACGAGGGGACUGGACCGCGGAAUCACCAUUCUGUGGGACAAACGUUGCAUUCAGAAAGCCUGCUAAUCAAUCGACAACCGUUCGAGGUGGCCACGCUAGCAACGGGAAUGAUGGUGAAAAGACCACGGAACAUGACGGCAAGCGUUGCACGGAAACCCAGCGCGAAGCAUCCCCUUGGUGGCAAGUGGACCUGCUGCGCCACUACGCUGUCAAGGUCGUCAGAGUGACCACCAGAGGAUGCUGUGGUCACCAACCGCUGCAGGACCUUGAAAUCCGCGUUGGAAACAGCAGCACAGACCUUCAGAGGAAUCCAUUGUGUGCGUGGUUCCCCGGAACUAUAGAUGAAGGCAUAACAAAGACUUUCACAUGCGCUCGACCUCUGAUAGGCCAGCAUGUGUUCCUGCAGCUUGUUGGAGUCGAAGGAUCCCUAUCAUUAUGCGAAGUCGAGGUCUUCACUACAGAAGAGUUUUCCAACGACCGUUGCGCACCCGCCGGAGCUUCGGCGGAUAUCGAAUUAGCAGCUUUUUCCAGAAAUUGCUAUGAAUUUAAUGUCGCCAAAGGAGCUUCGUUCGAUGACGCGAGGAAACAGUGCCAGUCGCAUGGAGGUGAUUUAAUUAACGGCUUUCAGGGAGCCACAUCAAGUUAUCUCAUUCAAGAAUUAGAGCGGCGCAAAUCACAGCUGAAAACGCAGCUCGUAUGGAUAGGAGCACAAAAAGAACCCGGUUUGACGUCACGGACUUGGAGAUGGGUCGAUGGCGAAAUAGUGUUGAAGCCAACGUGGGGUAAAGACCAGCCCAACAAUUACAACGGGGAACAAAAUUGUGCUGUACUGGACGGCGGGCGAGCGUGGCUGUGGAAUGACGUGGGCUGCAACCUGGACUACCUUCACUGGAUAUGCCAGUACCUACCGCCCUCGUGUGGAAGCCCGGAUAAACUAUUGAACACCACCAUCGAAGGGAACAGUUAUAAAGUUGGGGCAGUAAUAGGCUACAAGUGCCCCGAAGGUCAUAUGUUGCUCGGGGACAAAACACGUGAAUGUAAAAAGGAUGGAUUCUGGUCAGGCACAGCGCCUAGUUGUAAAUAUGUGAAUUGCGGCGGCUUGACCCCGAUUCAAGAUGGUGACGUCACAUUGGUCGAUGGUAGGACGACGCACGGCGCCAAAGCCUUGUACUCUUGCCGAGAAAACUACACCCUUGUUGGCGAGCCUGAGAGACAGUGUGGAGAUGAAGGCAUAUGGGAUGGUGAAGCUCCGAAGUGUCUCUUCGAUUGGUGUCCCGAACCUCCGCCAGUGGCUGGAGCUAUGGUCACCGUUGAUGGUCAUAAAGCUGGGUCCCUAGCGACCUAUUCUUGCCAGAAUGGAUUCAUUCUGUUCGGACAACCGAGCGUAACCUGUAACCUGGGAGGUGUUUGGACGGGAACCGCACCGUCAUGUAAAUACGUGGAUUGCGGAACACCAGCCCAGAUUUAUAAAGGAUCCUUUAGGCUACUAAAUGGGACAACCACGUAUGGAUCUUUGGCACAAUUCAACUGCGAGUCUGAUUAUUGGUUGGCUGGAGCUGAAAUAUUGACAUGCAAUCGGGAUGGAAAAUGGUCGCAUGAUAUACCUUCUUGUGAACUUAUUACCUGUGCCGACCCAGAAGUACCUGCGGGAGGAUAUAUGGAAGCUUACGAUUACAAUGUGCAUUCUACUAUCGAUUUCCACUGUGAGAAAGGUCACAAGCUGGUCGGGGAGCAGAGUUUGAUUUGUCAACAGGACGGUGAAUGGUCCGGUGAAUCACCCAAGUGCGAAUACGUGGACUGUGGCAAGCUACCACCCCUCCCAUAUGGGUCCGCAGAACUUCUCAACGGCACCACGCACUUGGGAAGCAUCAUUCAAUACUCUUGCACCACUAAUUAUAGAUUGGUGGGGCCGGUGAGACGGGUCUGCACGGACACUUACCAGUGGAGUGAUUCGUCGCCGCGGUGUGAAGAAAUCCGAUGCCCAGAACCAAUUGUAACAGAAAACAGUAUAGUCUCGGUGACGGGUAACGACCGAAUGCAUGGACGUACGUUGAUUCGCACAUCAGUCAGCACGAAUAAUGGGCAGACGUAUCGCAUUGGAGCUUUAGUGAAGUACCGAUGCGAAAGGGGAUACAAGGUGGUGGGCGAAAGCCUUUCUACGUGUGAAGAUAACGGCCAGUGGAGCGGCGUCACGCCACGGUGCCAAUAUGUGGAUUGCGGCAAUCCUGGGCGGCUUCAGAACGGCAAAGUCACUCUCGCCACAAACGCUACAUACUACGGCGCCGCGGCCCUUUACGAAUGCGAGGAACACUGGCAGCUGGAUGGAGUCUCAAGAAGACUGUGCCAGGAUAACGGCACAUGGAGUUCUGAAACUCCUAUUUGUAAAGAGAUCACAUGCACCGAUCCAUCAAUCCAAAUAAAGGGAAGCACGGGAUUGCUUGUGGUAACUUCCACUCUGAGUGUCGGUGGGGAGGCGCAUUACCGCUGCGAAAGAGGUUACAGCUUGAGAGGAAAUCAGACGAGAACUUGUCUGCCAAAGGGACAGUGGGGUGGAGCUCCACCUGUUUGCAUACCUAUCGAUUGUAAAUCACCUGGGAAUAUGGAGAAUGGUCGCAUAAUAAUAUCCAACAGCUCUACAUUGUUUGGAAGUUCAAUAGAGUACCAUUGCCUUCCACAAUAUCACAGAGUUGGACCAUUUCUGCGCAAAUGUUUAGAUGACGGGAAGUGGUCAGGAGAUGAGCCGCGAUGCGAAUUGGCAAAGAACGAGGCGGCCGAGAGCGGCACGCUGCCACUGAGUGUAGGCGUCGGUUGCGGAGUUGUUCUGUUCCUGCUUAUGCUAUUAGGAGUUGUCUAUUUACGACUGCGGAAAGCUACCCCAGUCAAAAACACAGAAAAUAUAGAAGGCGCUGAAAGAAAGGAAGACCAAAACGCUGCUGUUAUGAGUUAUGCCACUUUACAUGAUACUAACGGAAGACAUAUAUAUGACCACGUGACUGAUAAUCUCUACGACUCACCCUACAGUGAAAGCUUGGCCGAAAAUUCUGCAUAUGGUCGAAGGAGCGACACAGACAGCGCGUACGAACCUGAACCGACAGGCCCAAAUGCCGUAGUCACAAUCAAUGGAGUCGCGGUCCGCUAAACCUUAUGUAGUGUAGUGUUUUAAACGAACAGUGCUAUAAAUGAUUGUACUAUUUACGGUAACCGAGUGUUUAGAAAGAAUAUUCAAGUCGCUUUUUUGUUAACAGUGACUUGUGUCAUGUUCUUAGUCACUUGUUAAUGUCUAACACAUCGAUCGUGUUUGUGGAUAACUGGAAAUUUACAAUAUUUGCUCUUGAGAAGAUCUAAAUGGUUACCAUAUGUGUAAAAGUUUUGUCUUCAUGAAACCAUUCUUUAACAGAAGAAGAAAUACACCAUUAUUAAAUUGUUAAUUCUAUUGCCAGCUUGUUAUAUCGGAAAUAUGAAUUGUUACUAUUGUAUUCUAAUCACCAACCUUUACUAGGUAAAUAACCAAAGAUGUAAAAAAAGAGUUGGAAAUUGUAUGAAAUACGUGUUUAUAAUUUAUCAAUUAAGAAAUUAAGAUAUUUACAAAUGUAUGACGAGCUUAUGUUAGCUAUAUGAGCUUUUUAAAUUAAAUGGCAAUAUUCUCAUGACAAAACGCAUUUGUCUGUAGAAUGUAUCUUAGUAUUCUUUGUGUAUUGGCCGUAUUAACUGUCUCUUAGGAUUGUAGAAUUCAUCAUUCUUACUUGCUACAUUGCAGUUUAUAUAUUUUAUGUAGUCAUUAUUUCACUGCCCUCAUACGUUUAUUAUCGUGUCUUAUUUACAAAACCAUUUUCAUGCUAGAUAUAUUAUUAGUAUAGUACAUUAAUUUUAUUGAUUAGUUUUAUUAUAAGUAAAAUAAGUUUUAUAUGUAUAUUUAUUUGUGAAUAAUCGUAGAUGACGUACUUAGAUAUAUUAAUUUGAUGCCAAAAUAAUUUUCCACUGCUUAUUCCUUUAAUAACAGUUUGUAAAAAGAAAUGUGGGCUAUUUUUUGUUCCUUAGUUAUUUGUAAAAAAGUUAUUAUAAAAUAUAAAUUCUGACCAGCAUUUACCGGAAUAUUAUACAUUUCACCUAAGUAAUUAACGCAAAUUGAUACCAGCUGGGCAAGCCUUGUUCUUUAAAAGUAUAUUUUCGUUAAUCUUAUAAUAAAUUUGAAAACUGUAUGAUGUGGUAAUGUGAUUUUUAUAAUAAUUUGUAAUUAUAGGCUAAAUUUUUGGUGUACGUGUUGUUAUUUUUGCAUUAAAAGCCAAUAUAAAAUAAA